CAGGUGAAGCGUUGGUGGGUACCAACUCCCAUGUGUGCCUCAUUGUAAAUAACACUAGCACUAUGGCAAGCGCCGUAGAUGCAGUGGUGGAUGAGGUGGAGGCGUUGGGUGGUGUUGUAGAUGAAUACUUCUCCUUUAUCUACGAAGAACCCACGGACGACGCCUUCAGUGAUGUGGAGGAGAGCGUGGUUGACUCUGCCGUCGGCCACGGCUCUUUCAUGGAAGACACCGUCGUUACCACCAGCCCAGAUGACCCUAUAUACCAGAAUGUCUUGCAUAAAGAGGAUCGAACUGUAGAAGCUGACGUAAAUCUAUAUCAGACAGAUAAUAAAGGCGAUAGUGGUGCUGUGAAGGUAAAUGCACUCGUCGAUGUUUUUGGGUCUGAGAAUCUCCCGGGAAAUGCCCCCGAAGGUUGCAAUAAUCAAGCCUCUAAACAUGUGACCAGCAAAGACACAUUGGACAAGGAAGCUGCAGCAGUACACAGCCAUGAUUCUAAGAGGUUUAAGAAAGACAGUGGGAUUACGGACGCGAAUGAAAGCGAGACAACAUAUUCCGACAUUCUGGAGAGUUGUGGUACUGUUCCUACUCCCAACACUCCUCCUAUGUCUGUCACCAUCACCUCCCCAUCCAUAACCCAACCAGUGGUCACAAUGGAUUUCCAAUCGAACACUCAAUUGAACCCAAAAGCAAACCCACAGUCAAGCCCUAGGUGCGGGUACGUUGCGGAACCUCUACACGGGAGGUCGGUGAUCAGCUUGUCAUCCAACCUUCCCAUCAAAACCAAACCGGAAGUUGACGACCUCUCGAAACCACGUCCUGAACUUAGCACCGUUACUCCCGUCCUGGUGGACAACGCUCACUCCAUAUACGUGAACGGCGAUGCCCAGGAACGGAGCACGAGAGCUACCUCGGUGUACCUGAACGCCGAAGACGACCCAAGUAGUUACAUGAUACCUCCCCACGACAACCCCGCAGUUACCAUAAAGAUCACCCCAGAGUCUGAGAGUUCCAUAGACGACGGGUUUACGAAGAAAAGUGAAGAUAUUUUAGUGAAUAAUGUGAAUGAAUUGGGGCCAGAUGAUUUCGGGAAGUUUCUUGAGGAAAUGCAGAAGCCUUUCACGAGUGCUGACUUCGGAAAGUAUGAUCAUAAUGGUGCUAGAGUUAAUUUAUUUGGGGAUAUGCAAACGCCUUUUGCGACUGGUGACUUUGGCGAAGUGGAGGGUGAGGGAGGUGGUAGGGGGAGGUACGAUAGUUUUGAUGUGUUUGGUGAUGGUGCUGUGCUCGAUAUAGGCGCGAUAGAGUGUGAUAUUUUGGACGAACUGUUUGAAGGCAUUAUCAAGAACGAGGCGAAAUCUGCCUCGAAAUUGUCAACACCAGUGGAUAUUUUGUUACCCGGCAGUAGAGAGAAGGUUGAAGGUCAGGAUGCGGCGGAUGGCAGGGCUGUUAGUGCAUCUGAGCCUCCAGAAGAUGACAUGGAAUACGGCAGGGGAGGUGAGACAGCCUCGACAAAGGAUGAGCAACUGCCCAUCACCUCAGAGGCCGAGCUCGCUUUAGAGUUCAUGGUGCCCGUCAGCACACCUCGACCACAUUCGCCAUCGUCUAAUAUUUCUGAUCAAGUGUAUAAAGAAUCACCGCAGGACCUUGCGAGCGAGGACUCAAUAGUUAAUGACCAGAGUCCAGAGGAGGCUGGGGCGAAGCUGUCCGGGGGGAGGGGGGAGGGACCUGUUGCGCCCGGGCUGGCUAUUGAAAGUGAUGACGUGAGUCUGGCCGGUAAUUCAGAUCAUGUGAACACAGUGGGGGAACGUGGCGACUCUUGUUCUUACAUGUGUGUGUCGGAGGGCGAUACAGGUGAGCAGCGUCACGCCCUUCCUGAUGACCCACCUCCCACCCUGGCCGACGUAGGUAUCACUCUGGACUUGAUUGAUGAUAGUGUGGCCAUCCCCACCGAAUCAGCGGCGCCCUCUGGCCACCUUGCCCCGCCAAGCUUCCUUACAGCGUGUAGCGAGAGUGAGGACUGCGCCUGGCACGAGAUAGGAGCGGUAGGUGGCCCAGGCGUUUGGCGUCAUGACCAGGCAGACUCUGCUGCCGCCCCUACCCAGGACACUGACAUCCGAGAUUUCGACGCCGAUUGUGAAUCCGAAGAGGAUACCAGAACGGGACUCGCGGCGGCCGUGUCAAGAGUCGUACGGCGGAGUAUGAGACGCAUGCGACGUCUCAGGCUGUCUGGACGUCGGUCACCCCGUCGUAGCCAGGAUGGGAGUGAGGAAGUGGGCGGUGACGCGGGUGUAAGCGAAGAGACAGAGGUGCGCCGUGCUUUGCCGGCUGCCCCGCCCAUAGGUCUCUCAACCGUGCGCUCCCCUGCCGCUGCUUCCAUCAUCGUCACCUCCCUCAUGGCCGCCCUUGCUCCUCCACCCCUCCAAGCCCCCAGAGAGAUGCUCGAUCCCCCGCCAGUCGACGAUACACGCAGUGACCAUGACGUGACGCGGCUACCUGACGAAGCGGGUCCUGGGGGCCGUCGACGUCGCUCCAGACAUCACCGGGGGCACACCAUGGGGCGGUACGACCCAUCCUCCGAACCCAUUACACCCACGGCGCCCUUGAGUCUCGAGGUGGAGGUGGGCGGGUAUCUCCCCAGUGGUCCUAGGAGCUUAGAAACUGAGUCAUAUGCCCCCAGUGCCCCACCCAUCCUAGACAUGCCCCCGACUACAACUACUAUCCCUCGUCCCUGUUUUACCUCCCGUAGUCAACUCGCUCGUCGUCAUAGCAGUACCUUCCCUACCCAGACUGCCAGUACCUCACCAGAUGGAGGAGGAGGAAGAGAGAGAGGAGCGACAGAGAGGAGAAACCGUCAUAGAUCUGAUCACGUUCCCAACGUCACUAACAACAAUAACAAUAACAGUAGCAGUAAUAACAAUGACAGUAAUGCCAACAACAACAGUAGCAGCAGCAGUAGUAGUGACGUACCCGACAGCAGUUCCGGUACUGAGGGAGGCCACAGGAACAGCGAGAGCAACAGUGCCGAGGGGGUGAGCAGGACUAGCAACAGCCUCGGUAACAACAGCAGCAGCGACAUGAGUACCCGAGGCAACAGUGAGGUGACCAGCAACACCAGCGACGGUCACCACAGAAACAGUAGCGUCACCAGCCUCAGUGAGGAAAGCAACAGAAACAAUAACAGCAGUGAAGGAAGCAACAGAAACAAUAACAGCAGUGAAGGAAGUAACAGAAACAAUAAUGGUAGUGAAGGAAGCAACAGAAACAACAGUGGAGGAGGAGCCAACAGAACUAACAACAGUGGUACCCAGAGCCCAAGAAGGAAUGCCUUUGCAGGUAUAGGCGUGGAGGGUGAACGUGCUCGGCUACAGGGAGGGACGUGGGGUCACUCACACUCAGGGCUGAUGGCCUCUCUCGCCGUCACCGUCACCACCUUCAACAUCUCAAGGUUCGCGGUCCUCGGAGCCAGGUUUGGAUGGCCGUUCGUGGUACAGUGGGUGGUGGUGUCGAUGGUGCUGGGACUGCCUCUGAUGACCUUCCACAUGACGGUUGGGCAGUACCUGGGGGCCGGUGUGGUCGACAUGUGGAGGAUCUCACCUAUAUUCCAGGGUGUGGGUUACAGUAUCUUGGUGGCACAAGUGCUGGUGGGGCUCUACUGCUGUGUGCCCAUCGCCUGGCUUUUCAUCUUCUUUCGAGAUUCCUUCAUCACCCAUAACAACAUGUUCAGAUGGGCCGACUGUCGCCUGGUGAACUGUUCAGUGUUCAACAACUUCAGUACCAUCAUCAUCGAGGGAGUUCCAAAAUAUUUCAAUUCACAAGUGCUUCAGCGUGGUGAGGGGGAGUCAUCUUGGCUACAGGAGUUAGGCUCGCUCAGGUUUGACAUGGCCUUCAACAUUGCUCUCAUCUGGAUCAUCACCCUCAUCGCUCUCAGUAGAGGUAAUCAGUCAUAUGGAAAAGUGUGCUACAUAGUGUUUCUUUUGCCUCUACUGUGCUACCUGGUAGUGUGUCUUUACCUGGCUUCCUGGACCAAAGAUGAUCUCUACAUCAAUGAUGUCACAAACUUUAAUGAAUUUUUCAUGAACAGCCGUUCAUGGAUGGCAGCUAGUCGAGAAGUGUUCCUAGUCUGGGGUUUUCACGGGGCAGUUCUACAGCAAAUGGCAGCCCAUAAUAAGAGAGGUCAUGCUCUAUACAGAGAUACAACAAUAGUGUCAGUUAUCACAACCCUGGUGCUAGUACUGGCAGCUGUCACCGGUUCAUCGUGUGUGUCGGGGCUCCUCCAAAGUAACUUGCACUACAAACCAUCCUCUUUUGAGAAUGCGAAGAAUGCGCAGUUCCUGACCGAAUCGAAAGUUCAACACAAAAUGAUGCCUGUAUUUGAAACUUUUCUUAAGCAUCCACACAUGGGAAACUUACCACCCCAGAGACUUGCUGAGUACAUGUAUCAUGAUAACUUUUAUGCAGGGAUCAGAAUACGACCACCAAAAAUUGGCAGUGUGAAGAGAACAGAAGCGGAGGAGCAGAGUGGGUACCAGAGUCUGCGUCUGGCCACAGAAUUGUUCCCAGCUCUCCUGGCUGCCAAUGGGGCUCAGCAGAUCUCACCAUUCUGGUCAUCAUUAUUCUACUUGAGUUUAUUACUUUUUGGGAUUGCUCAGCAGCUGGCAGUGUGGCGCACAAUUAUAGAGGCUGUAAUACGUAUAAACCGUGAACGUUUACAAGCUUGGGAGACGUUCAUCACUUUUCUCUGUUGUUUAUUUGGGUUUUCAGCAGCCCUACCAAUGGCCACUGGGGCUGGCAUCCACAUCCUGUACUUUCUCGACUAUGUAGUAAGCUGUGGUUGGUGGCUCAUGAUUAUACAACUUGUUCAGAUUUUUGCUCUGCUCUUUGUAAGAGGAAAACCGUACAGUGGGCAAGACAUUGUGAGCGAACUGAUGGGUAACAGUGAGCAGUGCCGGUCGCUGUGGUUGGGCCCUCUCACUUCCUUUGCAUGGAAUAUUAUUGUACCUGUUGGCCUUCUAGUCCUUUCUAUUUCAUCCUUCAAGUCAGGACAAUACAGAGAUGUUUUUGCAUGGGGAAGUGACAGCUACUGGCCUGUGUGGGCGUGUCAACUUGCUUCAGCACUUCAACUGUUCCCCAUCCUUCUGGUGCCCCUUGUAGGACUCAUUCAGACCUGCCGAUUCCUUGCUGCUACAGAUGAUGAUCUCUUUGAGAGAAUACAGCUGUUAUACAGACCAACAUUACGUCAGCGUACCAGAGGAAAUGGUAGCUUCCUCUCUGUCACCGAGGAGUCAGACCUAGAUGGUCUUGGUGGUGGUAGAGAUGGUCAAGAUGACUCGGGAGCGAUCCCAACUCCCCGACCAUUUAGUGACCCACCACCGAAGUACACACCACCACCUUCAUAUUCCACAGCUACAGGAGUGAGGUUUGCAAAACUUCUGAAUCAAAGUUUGCGUCAGAGUAUGAGACGUCUUCGUGAAACUCUACGUAACAAUUCUGAAGCCAGUACGAACAGGGAUGGUGAAGGAGCCCCUCAAGGGGUAGAGUGUGGACAGCCCAGCACAACAGCAGCAACUCCAUACAUCCCUCCUCCAGAUUAUGUGACAGCUGUCACUGAGUGUGGUACACAAAGAAGUCAAAGUUCCACAUCCAGUGAUUCACCACCUAGAUACUCAACUUUAGACCCUUUGCGAAGGCAGCAAGCACUGGCAGCUCUAGCAAGUGCUGCUUCUUCCAGCACUUGUAUUAAAACAGAUGAUGAGACAGAACUGCCAUUACCUACAACUCCAGCACUCCAUCGAAACAACAGUUUACGUAGGUCUGGGCUCAGACGCAGUAUAGCUUCAGGUGUGAGGCGAAGUGCUCGGCGUCUUGCAGCAACACUGGGUGUAGGGGGAAGUGAGGAUGGGGCCACAUUAGUAAGUAGUGAAGCCCCAGUCAGUCAGGAUGUUCAUCCAGGCAGAGAAACUGAACCUUCACAUCCAUAUGCUUUUACCAAUUUUGAGCUGGUAUCUCACUCAAAUGCGUGAAGUUGCUUAGUACCAAUGUUCCAAUGAAAGAGUAGGCAUUAAUAUUUAUAGUUGAAAUUUUUUUAUAUAUACUGUAUAUGAUAAUGUUAAUUGUUAUGUUGAUAGAUUUUUUAAAUACCGAAAAGUUCUAUCAGUUUGCCCUCAGUUUAUCAUUACCAGAUAUAUUAGUGCAAUAAAGUAAUUAUUCCUGAUAUUAACAAUUCAAAGGUACUGUACACUGAAAUUUUUUCUUUAUAACCUAGUUUCCAGUAUAACUUCAACCUGUCCUCAUUGAAAUGCAUACAGAAUUGGUUUGAUUAAAACAUGUACCGGUAUAUAAAUGAUCAUAUUACUGUAUUACGGUAAUCUUUAUAUAGAGCAAAGAUAAAACAGUUUCACAAUUCCUAUGUAUACAAUGUUAAGUAUAAAUUAGGUUAGGUUAGUCUGAAUAGGUUUGGUUAAUAUAGCUUAGGUGUAGUUAGUUAUGUACAGAAUUGUACUUAGCUGUCAGAUGUUUCCUAAACGUGUACAUAUAUUUUUGUACUUAUUACAGUAGAAACAUUUUAUGCAUAUGUCAUAUAUGUUUUUAUACGAUUUAACAAGCAUAAGAAUGUACAUUUGUAUACUGUACAGUAUACUUGUUAAGUGCAUGAAUUGACAAUGAGGAUAGGCUAAAAAAAUUAAUUGCAUUGUUUGGAAACUUAUAAUAAUGUUACUAGUUUUCACAAUAUGGAAUUUCAUUCCACAUGCCAAAAAAUUAAUAAAUCAUUAGAAGAUAC